AUGGAUUUGGUAAAACCAAAUCAAAGGUGGGCCGCCUACAAAAUCUGAGAGGCCAGCCGCUCUACAGACAACUCCUCAACAAUAUCACCUGCAGUCUCACCUUCUCCAAAGAUUUUAUAAUGGGAGAUGGGGUCAGACAGUAUACCUUAUGGUCAAGCUGACUGCCACUGGCUUUUCAAUGCCUCUGGACCUAUGGCACCAAGUACCAAGCUGAAGAGCACAGGGAACAAAUCAUUGAAAUGUAUCCCCCUUAAUCCUUCACCCCAGGAUGCUGCUGAGAGCAGAGGCUUCUGA